CAAAAAUGGAAAUCAGUUCAUUAGUGUUCAUAUCAGAAAUAAAACGAAUCUCCAUCGUCGUCCUUGUCUCUAAACCCUAUAUGCCAUAGUCGAAGAAGAAGAAGAAGAUAGAUGCAUAUCCAUCAAAGCUCUGGGCACUAGUGUAUAUAUUAUUAUCGAUUGUUUGAAACCUAUUUGUUAUGGUUGGAAUCAUGGCUUCGUAUUCAAGAGCAAGGCUUAAAGAUCUCGCGAAUUCCGCCAAAUCAGCGACGGAAUUGCCUCCCAAGCUGCAACGCUUGCGCUAUAUGCGCCGGGAUUUGCAAAAAGACGAUUCCGUUUUUCCCACGGAGUUGCUUCCUCACCUUUUCGAUCUUCUCUCCGAUCAAUUCGGUGCUGUCCGCAAGUUUGUCGCCGAGAUACUUGGUGAAAUUGGCCUGAAAUAUGUGGAAUUAAUACCUGAAAUAGUGCCCCUUUUAAUUAAGUCUCUUGAAGAUGAGACACCAGCUGUGGCCAGGCAGGUCAUUGCUUGUGGAGCUGAUUUAUUCCGUUCCACCCUCGAAAGAGUGGCAGUUCAGGGUUUGCAUUCUAGUGAGUUGAAUGAUCUUCUUGAAUCUUCAUGGACAUGGUUGAUUAAGUUCAAGGAUGAAAUAUGCUCAGUGGCUUUCAAGGUGGGAAUUAAUGCUUUCUCUAAUCCCCCCAUGGGUCGUCUUUCUUAUCUGAUUGUAUUUUUUCUUGUGACCUGUAUAUUAGCAAGGAAAUAGUGGUGUAAAAUUAUGCGCUAUGAAAUUUGUGGAAGCGCUUAUUCUCUUGUAUACUCCUCAUGAAGGAAUUGAAGCAGAUUUUAAUAUAUCUAUUCUCCGUGGGGGUCAUCCUGUUUUGAAAAUUGGAGAUUUGUCAAUUGAGGCCAGCCAGAAAUUGGGUUUACUGCUUGAUCAGCUUAGGCACCCUGCAGCAAAAUCUCUAAAUAGCUCGACGAUUAUUGUUCUUAUCAAUAGUCUUUCAUCAGUUGCAAAGAAACGUCCUGCAUACUGUGGACGAAUUCUACCUGUUCUACUGAGCUUGGAUCCCCUAAGCUUUCUCAAAGGAGUGUAUGCUGCAGCAACAAAUCUUGCCUUGAAGACUGUAUUUCUCUCCUGCUUGAAAUGUACACAUCCCGCUGCUGCACCGUGGAAGGACCGGUUGACCAGUGCUCUUAAAGAGAUAGAAGGUGGAGGUCAGGCAGCCAAAGCGAAAGAUCUCUUUUACAAGACUAACGGAAGCAUUCAGGACAAAGACAGUGUAGAAGAUACCAAGGUAUCAGUGGAAGAGAAUCCUCUCUGUGCAAGUUCUGAUGUAGCAGAAAGUAACUUAAGUAGGAAAAGAUCUGGAUCAGAAUACAAUAUUGAUCUAAAUGGAGAUGCUUCCGAUGGAAAACGUGCAAGAAUAACACCUUCUGUGUCAGAAGAAUCCACUGACGGAUUAAAUGGUAAUGAUGGGGUCUCUCUACCUCGGGUUGCUUCUACCUCGACCGGACCAAGUGAUAGCAGAGGAGUGAGUGAUAGUGGACCUGCUCAGCAGCUAGUUGGUUUGUUUGGAACCUUGGUUUCUCAGGGUGAAAAAGCAAUUGGAUCUUUGGAGAUUCUUAUUUCAAGUAUUUCGGCGGAUUUACUUACUGAUGUUGUGAUGGCUAAUAUGCAUAAUAUUCCACCAAAUUGUUCUUCUUAUGCUGAUGGCACCGAUGAGUUGGUGAUGAACAUGUGUAUAGUUGGCAGUGAUGCACAAAUUAAAUAUCCACCAUCAUUUGUAGCGGGUGUCCUUUCAUUGUCAACCGCAUUCCCACCAAUUGCUGCCCUGAUAAAUCCUCACAAUGAAGAUGAGGAAGUCUAUUCUGUUCAUGUGGACCAGCAAAUGUUUCCAGCUGAAGAUGCAAGAACUCCACCUGGCUUAUUAGCUACCUGUGAUACUUCUUUUCCAGAAAAUGAAGAAAGCAAUACUGUGUCUCCACAAAAUGUGCAUUACAUAGGGAAUAGAGAAAGUGGAAUACCUGGACUGGAAUCUUCUGCUCAACAUGAUGGGUCAGGAGCCCUUGUUACUAAUGUAUUGAGUUCUACGAAUGUGGAGGCUGCAAGCAAAAAUCAAAAUGCGAGUUUCAGUGGAAAACUUCUUGUCGAUGUAAUUCCCUCAAUGUCUGUGGAUAAGUUGGAGGAAUUUAGUCCAAAGGCGGUUGGCACAGUUGCUUCGGCGAGUCAGUUUGUCUUACCUAAGAUAUCAGCACCUGUUGUCGACCUUUCUGAUGAAGAGAAAGACAGUUUACAAAAGCUGGUUUUUUUGCGCAUUGUUGAAGCAUAUAAGCAAAUAUCAAUGUCUGGUGGCUCACAACUCCGCUUUUCUCUUCUUGCUCAUUUAGGAGUUGAGUUUCCUUCAGAGUUAGACCCUUGGAAAAUAUUACAGGAGCACGUUCUCUCGGAUUAUUUGAAUCAUGAGGGACAUGAGUUGACUGUGCGGGUUCUUUACAGGCUAUACGGGGAGGCAGAAGCAGAACAAGAUUUCUUCUCUUCAACUACUGCUGCGUCUGCAUAUGAAAGUUUCUUGCUAACUGUGGCUGAAGCACUAAGAGAUUCUUUUCCACCGUCUGACAAAUCUUUAAGUAAAUUGCUUGGAGAUUCUCCACAUCUGCCGAAAUCAGUUCUGAUGUUGUUGGAAUCGUUUUGCUGUCCUGGAAGUGGUGAAGUUGAAAAGGAUUUACAACAUGGAGACCGUGUUACUCAAGGUCUCAGUGCUGUUUGGAGCCUGAUUUUAAUGAGACCUGGAAUCCGGAAUGACUGCCUGAAUAUCGCUUUGCAGAGUGCUGUUCAUCACUUGGAAGAGAUUCGCAUGAAAGCAAUCCGCCUGGUGGCAAACAAACUCUAUUCUUUAUCAUUCAUUACAGAACAGAUUGAGGAAUUUGCAAAGGAUAGGCUAUUUUCUGUCGUAAGUGAUGAUUGUGAUAAGAUGGAUCUUGAUCUGAAAAGUCCACCAAACAAACCGCAACACAGUAUUAGUGGUAUGAGUAUGGAGACGCCCUCCGAAGCAACAUCAUCAUCAACUUCAGUUACUGAAGCUCAACGCUGCUUGUCACUCUAUUUUGCUCUCUGUACCAAGAAGCACUCCCUUUUUGUUCAUGUAUUCAGCAUAUACAAGAAUGCAUCAGAUCCCGUUAAGCAGGCUAUUCAUCUUCAAAUCCCUAUUCUAGUUCGUACUAUGGGCUCAUCCUCUGAGCUUCUUAAAAUUAUAGCAGACCCACCAAGUGGGAGUGACAACCUUCUUAUACAGGUUCUUCAAACCCUCACCGAGGGGCCCACUCCUUCUUCAGAAUUGAUACUUACUAUACGGAAGUUGUUUGAUACAAGAAUAAAGGAUGUAGAGAUUCUUUUCCCAAUUUUGCCAUUCCUGCCAAGAGAUGAUGUUCUCCGCAUUUUUCCCCAUAUGGUGAAUCUUCCUAUGGAGAAAUUCCAAGUUGCACUUUCUCGUGUGCUGCAGGGAUCAUCUCAAUCUGGCCCAGUGCUUUCUCCAUCUGAAGCUUUAAUUGCUAUCCAUAGCAUUGACCCAGCAAGAGAUGGAAUACCACUUAAACAGGUCACAGAUGCAUGCAAUACCUGUUUUGCGCAGAGGCAGACAUUCACUCAACAGGUUUUAGCCGGUGUUCUGAAUCAACUGGUCCAGCAAAUUCCACUGCCAAUGUUAUUCAUGCGUACAGUUUUACAAGCUAUUGGUGCUUUUCCAGCUCUGUCGGACUUCAUCCUGGAGAUUCUUUCUCGUCUCGUUAGCAAACAGAUAUGGAAAUAUCCGAAACUGUGGGUUGGGUUUUUGAAAUGCACACAGACAACACAGCCUCAAUCAUAUAAGGUCUUACUACAGCUUCCUCCACUUCAACUGGGAAACGCAUUGACUAAAAUCCCGGCCUUAAGAGCUCCGCUAACCGCACAUGCCAGCCAGCCAGAGAUUCAAUCUUCACUUCCAAGGUCUACAUUGGCUGUUCUUGGACUUGUCCCUGAUUCUCAAGGAACACAAACAAGCCAAGUGCAAGCGAAUGAGACACAAACGAGUCAGGAACAGCAGCAACAGCAAGCAAGCGAGCCACAGCAAACGAGCCAGUCUCAGCAAGUUUCUGUACCAUUGAGCCACUCCCAAGUAGAUCACCAGGAACCCAGUCAGGUAGUUGCCAGUCAGUCUCAAAGCAGUCCCAUAGGGACCGUCCAGUCAGCAAUGAGUCAGUCUCAGAACAGUCCCAUAGAUACGGGCCGGUCUGAAAUGAGUCAGUCUCAGAACAGUCCCAUAGAUACGGGCCGGUCUGAAAUGAGUCAGUCUCAGAACAGUCCCAUAGAUACGGGCCGGUCUGAAAUGAGUCAGUCUCAGAACAGUCCCAUAGAUACGGGAAGAUCUGAAAUGAGUGAAUCUCAGAGCAGUCCUAUUGGUCAGUCACAAAGCAGUCCUAUUGGUACUGGCCAGUCUGAUAUGAGUCAAACCCCUCAAGUGUCGGACUCGAGUGCUCCAGAACCAACAAGCCAUACUCGGACAUCAGAUCCUCAAGCGUCAAGCCAGACACUACGAGAUGAUGAUGAGAAGAUAGACGACACAGCAACCUCAGAAAACGAGGUGACAGAAAUCGAGAAAUCAAAAGAAUCUUCCGAAGAAGAAGAAGAAGAAGAAGAAGAAGAAGAGUGAGUGUAACAUUAUGUAACUUGAGAGAGAAGAAGAGAUACUUUGAAAUUAAAUUCAGGUUGCCUUCUACCUCUUAUGUCGGAGAAGAAGAGUGAAUGAAGCGUCGAUUAGAGCAGGAAAUCUUCAUUCCAUGUAUUGUAGCAAUUUUUUUCAAAAUGAAUUUUGUAGAAUUUAGUUAGAGAUUUCUUUUAAUGAGUCAUUAGCGGUUGUAUUGUCAUUGUUUUCUUUGAGUUAAGACUUUAAUAAAAGUUUUUUUUAUAAAAAAUAUAUGUCAUGAAUGUUUG